AUGAAGGACCAAGAUAUUGUUGGAGAGGCACUCGCUGCCGUUCUCCCUCAGCAUGACAAGCCCUGGUUCAGGGUACCCCAUCUUCUAAAGCUCAAUCUCAUCCUGCUGGUUCCAUUAUUAUCGUCGGCUGUUGCGGGAUACGAUGGUUCGCUGAUGAACGGAUUGCAAUCUAUCCCUGAGUGGAAAAGAUAUUUCGGAAACCCAACUGGUUCUAUUCUCGGCGUCGUGAAUGCAGCCCAAUCCAUUGGAAGCGUGGUGUCUUUGCCGGUCGUGGGAUGGCUUUCUGACAGACUUGGCCGACGCUUGACACUGUUGCUAGGCUCAUUAACCAUCGUGGCAUCUUCUGCGAUUCAGGCUGCCUCUGUUAAGUAUGGCAUGUUUGUGUUCUCACGGGUGCUGGUCGGUGUUGGAUCCAUGCUUGUAGUUCAGCCGGCCCCUAUGCUUAUCACAGAGCUGGCAUAUCCUACCCAUCGUGGAAAGUAUACCAGUGCCUUUUGGACGAUGGAUUACUUGGGCGCCAUUCUGGCCUCGUGGACUUGUUACGGGACACAGAGAAACAUGACAGACGACUGGACAUGGAGGAUACCAUCUAUUAUCCAGGCAGGAUUCCCCAUUGUCCAGAUAUUAUUCUGGUGGUGCGUUCCGGAAUCUCCACGAUGGCUCAUCGCGAACGAUCGACGUGAAGAAGCAGAACAAUUACUCGCUCGUUUUCACACCGACGGAGACGUCAACCACCCGUUGGUUCAAUUCGAAAUGUCAGAGAUCAUCCACACUCUCUCGAUGGAGGCUCGAGCAUCUCAAGUACCAUGGUCGACCCUGGUCAAGACGCCUGGGAAUCGAAAGAGAACAUUCAUUGCGAUCUGCGUCGGAGCUUUCGCUCAGUGGAACGGUGUCGCUGUCGUAUCGUAUUACCUCACCCUUGUCCUUGACACCGUCGGAAUAACCGAUUCCGAUACACAAACCCUGAUCAACGGCUUACUACAAGUCUUCAACUUCAUCGCAGCAGGAAGUGCAGCCUUGCUGGUAGACCGGCUCGGUCGACGAACCCUAUUCCUCUGGUCCGCCGCAGGAAUGCUGGUCUCGUUUGUGAUAUGGACCGCCUGCUCCGCUGUCUUCGACACCAGCCAAGCCGCCCCGCUCGGAAACACUGUGAUUGCCUUCGUUUUCAUCUUCUACUUCCAUUAUGACAUCGCAUACACCCCUCUUCUGCUGGGCUACCCCACUGAAAUCUUCCCUUACUCAAUCCGAAGCAAGGGCGUGACGACAACACUGUUGUCUGUGUACUCCUCACUGGUCAUCCUUGCGUUCGUCAACCCAAUCGCGUUGGAGAAUAUCGGAUGGCAUUAUUAUAUUUUCUUUUGCUGCUUUGACCUCCUCGUUCUUGCUGUGACUUUCUUCAUGUUCCCCGAGACAAAGGGUCACUCGCUUGAGGAAAUUGCGCAGAUUUUCGAUGGGCCGUCGGCGGGAACGGGCGGGCUUGAGGUCGGCAAGAAGGAUUAUGAUGAGACUAUCACACGGGAACAUGCCGAGUAUGCUGGCUAA